UUUUUUUUUUUUUUUAUAUAAUCUCCUUUAAACCUCUUCUCUUUCUUCUUCCAUCUUUGAUUCUCUCACUCAAUCCCUUUGUUCCUCACAAGAGAAAACAAGAACCAAGAACAAGAAAAUGAAGUUUGGUAAGAGUCUUAGCAACCAGAUCGAGCAGACACUUCCUGAAUGGCAAGACAAAUUCUUGUCUUACAAAGACCUCAAGAAACGCCUCAAACUCAUCCCUUCCAAAUCCUCCCUUGAUCGUCCCGUCAAACGUCUCCGUCUCGAUCCUUCCUCCUCCGGAGAUGAUGAUUUCUCCCUCGGUAUGUCUAAAGAAGAGAUCAGUUUCAUCCAGCUCUUAGAAGACGAGCUUGAGAAAUUCAACAAUUUCUUCGUUGAGAAAGAGGAAGAAUACAUCAUCAGAUUAAAGGAGUUUAGAGAUAGAAUUGCCAAAGCUAAAGAUUCAAUGGAGAAGAUGAUUAAAAUCAGAAAGGAGAUUGUUGAUUUCCAUGGCGAAAUGGUUCUUCUUGAGAAUUACAGUGCUCUUAACUACACUGGAUUGGUUAAGAUACUAAAGAAGUAUGACAAAAGAACUGGUGAUCUCAUGCGCUUGCCUUAUAUCCAAAAAGUGCUUCAGCAACCUUUUUACACUACAGACUUAUUGUACAAGCUUGUUAAAGAAUCCGAAGCAAUGCUUGAUCGGUUCUUCCCUGUUAACGAAACAGAGUCUGAGAAUAUCAUCCAAGCUGAGCUCUCUGAGCACAAGUUCAUGGAGAGUCUCCAUAUGAAGAGCACGAUCGCUGCUUUACGUGUUUUGAAGGAGAUCAGGAGCGGUAGCUCUACGGUGAGCGUGUUUUCGUUGCCGCCGCUUCAGUUAAACGGGUUAGACGAGACUUGGAAGAAGAUUCCGUUGAUGGAGCAAGAAGCUAAAUAGAGUUGAGUGUGAGGAGGCACACUACACUCUUUUGCCACUUUUUCUUUUAUUUACACGAUAGAAAAGCUAACAAGAUUAAAUCAGAUGUUGUUAUUAUCGUCAAUGUACACACAAAAAGGCAGGAAGAAACUAUAUGGGAUCUGUUUCUGUGGUUACACAAAUGUAACUUUGUUUCUGUGUUUGGUUGUAGUAAUUGAUGUAAUAUAUAUCAUCACUUCAGAUUAAUUAUU